AUGCUCGCCUCAAGGCUACAUAUAAAACGACAUUCAACUUCAGCUAUUUCUCGACCAAGUACAACAAAUAUUCGAUAUUUAUCUUAUCGUCAACAACGUCGUGCAACAAAAAAAUUACAAUCACAUAAAACUUCCAUAAACCAUGAUCCUAACAAUGAUGAGACUGAUGAGAAAACUAAGUUUAAAUUUACUGAUCGAACAACAAAUGCAACACAGAUACGUUCAGGUAAUACAAAAUAUGACCGUAUACAAGCACCUAUUUUAUCAUUCGAUGAAGAAGGAGACAUUCCAUUGCCUGCAAUUAAAAGCAAACGUUUUUUAUCGGAUGAUCAUACAUAUUUUAGUGAGUCAAAAGAUAAUCUUACAAUUUCAAAAUCAAUUACUGAUGGUAUAUCAAUCGAAAAAACACGAAGACAAAAAAUUCAAGAUGCUAUUAAAACUGUUUCAAAAGUUGCUUUUAGUCAAUUAGGAUUAGGUGGUCUUGUAGUUGGUUAUGUUAUUCUUGGUGGAUUGAUAUUUGAUGCUAUUGAAUCACGUUAUGAAUUAGAACGUUUAGAAGAAAAAGAACGAAAUCGUCAACAUUUUGUUGAUCAAUUAUAUAUUCAUGCUUAUAGAGAAUUUAAUCGUGUAUUAAAUCAAACAUUUGAAUUAAAAUAUGCUUUAUGGCGUGGUGGUAUAUCCCGGCAUGAUGAACAUAAUAAUGGUUGGCAAAUAGAUGUUGAAAAAGAUUUAUGGAAACAACAUAUUGAUUAUGAAUUAUUACAAUAUUUUGGUGCAGAAGAAAAAAGUCAAUAUAGUAGUGAUGAACAACAAGAAGCACAAAAUACAAUACAAGUUUGGACUUUCUCUAGUGCUAUGUUAUAUUCAGCAACUGUUAUUACAACGAUUGGAUAUGGAAAUAUUACACCAAAAACUACUGCAGGCAAAAUUGCAACGAUGGUAUACUAAGU